AUGACCAGCGAGUUGACCGAUGAGACGCAUUUCCAUGCCUUGAAGGCGACGCUUUACCCGUCCGUUGACGAUACUUUGGCGAAGCUCACUCGGAUUGAUCUGCCGGCCCCGGCCACAGAAGAUGUCAUGGCAUCCGGCCAGCAGCUGGAGCAAUCUCGCGUCCCUGGGUGCAUCCUACUGAACUGUACCACGAUUUAA